CUCGCGAGAGCGGCCGUGAGGGGCCAUCGGGCUCCGCCGUGGCGGCGGCGCUGCGUGUGUGUGGCCAUUGCCCGGGCCGGGCCCGGGCCGUGCCCGCUUUGGGGCGGAGCGGGGCGGGCGGUGAGGGGUGGAGGGUGGCGGCGUCGCCCUCCUACCUGCGGCGGGAGUGUCUUUCCUCACACACCCCCCCACCCCCCCGCUGCCCCGCUCGGCCCCUCACCUCGCCUCACCUCACGGGGCUAUCCCGCCCUUCGCCAGCUGGGGGAGAAGCGGGGGUGGUUGGUGGUGGUGUGUGUGGGGGGAAGGCGGUGACAGGGCCCCCGCCGCCCCGCUGUCACCGCGGCCGCCCCCUGAGGUGAGGGGAAGGCGGGAGGGGGAGCGCGGGCGGGGCGGCGGCGUGAGGGGACGGCGGCGGCGGGGAGGGCGUUGCUGUUGCAAGGCCGCCCCCGCCCGCGGGAGAAGCCAGGCGGGGAGGGGAGAGGAGGAAGGAAGAAGCCGCCGCAGCUGCUGGAGGUGGUGGUGGCGGUGCUGCUGCAGCCGCGGGUAGAGCCUCCCCCUCCCGCCGGGCCGGGCGGGGCGGGCUCCGGAACCGAGAUGUCUCAGGAGCGGCCCAAGUUUUACCGGCAGGAGCUGAACAAGACGGUGUGGGAGGUGCCCGAGCGCUACCAGAACCUCUCCCCGGUCGGGUCCGGGGCCUACGGCUCCGUCUGUUCUGCCUUUGACACAAAAACUGGGUUGCGCGUGGCUGUAAAGAAGCUGUCCCGACCAUUUCAGUCUAUCAUCCAUGCCAAAAGGACCUACCGAGAGCUACGGCUACUUAAGCACAUGAAACAUGAAAAUGUGAUUGGUUUGUUGGAUGUGUUCACCCCUGCCAAGUCACUAGAAGAAUUCAAUGAUGUGUACUUGGUGACACACCUUAUGGGAGCAGAUCUGAACAACAUUGUGAAAUGCCAGAAACUCACCGAUGACCAUGUGCAGUUCCUCAUAUACCAGAUUCUUCGGGGACUGAAGUACAUCCAUUCAGCUGACAUCAUACACAGGGAUUUAAAGCCUAGUAACCUAGCUGUAAAUGAAGACUGUGAGCUAAAGAUCCUGGAUUUUGGCCUGGCCCGACACACAGACGAUGAGAUGACCGGGUACGUGGCUACCCGGUGGUACAGGGCUCCUGAGAUCAUGCUGAACUGGAUGCAUUACAACCAGACAGUUGAUAUUUGGUCAGUGGGAUGCAUUAUGGCUGAACUGUUGACUGGAAGAACGUUGUUCCCUGGUACAGACCAUAUUAACCAGCUUCAGCAGAUCAUGCGUCUGACGGGAACACCCCCUGCAUAUCUCAUUAACAGGAUGCCCAGCCACGAGGCAAGAAACUACAUUCAGUCUUUGUCUUACAUGCCGAAAAUGAACUUUGAAAAUGUGUUUAUUGGUGCCAAUCCACUAGCUGUGGACUUGCUAGAGAAGAUGUUGGUACUGGAUACAGACAAGAGAAUUACUGCAGCAGAAGCCUUGGCUCAUGCCUACUUUGCUCAGUACCACGACCCAGACGAUGAACCAGUGGCAGACCCCUAUGACCAGUCUUUUGAAAGCAGAGAACUUGAGAUUGAAGAAUGGAAGAGCCUGACUUACGACGAAGUGAUCAGCUUUGUGCCGCCACCGCUCGACCAAGAGGAGAUGGAGUCCUGAGCAACGGCUCUCUUCUGUUUGUCCCACGUCACUGUGAGGGGAAGGCCUUUUCCUAGGGACUCUCCGAUUAUCGUCUAAGUGCCUCGUCACAACAAUAUUCUCCUUGGUGGAGGGGUUUUGUGUGUGUUAAAGUGGGGAGGGUGGGGGGGAGGGAAGGAAGCUGAGUCUAUGUAAACAUGCUGCAUGCUCUCUUGUAUUCUGUGUACGGCCUGGGGAAGCCUCUGAAGACACGCUCUGGUUGCUCUUCGGUCCUUCCAGAGGAACAGUGCUCAACCGGUUCGCGCUGCUGGGGCAAGGUGGGGAAGUUGGCAUUUUUAAAGUUUGGUUACAAUCGUUGCCAUUUAUCAAUUCUUCUGCAAUUAAGUAACCUCAAAAUAAGGGAAGUUGGUUUACAGGCCUCUGUUUUGCUUCAGGACUGAAGGUGGGGUUGGGGGAUGUCCUUGCUCGAUGCCAGAUGGCUGAUUUACGUCCAGAUCUUCCUGGUACAGCAGAAAGUGCAGGCCUUCUAAUGUCUGAUUCUUGGAACACGAAAAGGUUUUGUUUGAAACUGUAAAUAUGUUUGUGCCUUAAAUUGAAUGGGGAGAGAGGGGAAAGGAAGUCUGGAGUGGAAAUCUCUGACCCCGCUGUUUUUCAGGGUGAAGGCUCCCAGAUAGCCAGGCAUGAACUCCAUGUAAUCAGGAAAUAACUUUCCGAGGCAGCAGCCUCUGCCCCUGGAUUUGGGUAUUCCUCUGGUUUUCCCUCUUCCCCUCCUCUCGUUCUGAGGCUUCCCGCGAGCUCCCAGGAGACAGAGGCUGGAGAAGAUUCUUGCUAGCCACACGUUUGUGUAUUUUGUUCCUUAAAAAGGUGGGGUGUUCUUGCAUGUCGUAGCUGUCUGUGCAUGUAGAGCUGCUUGAGGUUUUUUUUUUUUGUUGUUGUUGUUACUUGUUUGGGGACGGCACUGGGGCAGUUAAAUCAUCGGUGAACUCUUUUACUGAGUUACCUCAGCCAGCGCCCUGAAAUCACAGCGUCCUUUCUCUCGUGCUGCAGCUCAUUGUGAAAUACCUGCCGUCCUGGAGGCUUCGGCGAGGAAAAGAUAAAAUAUACGGCAUAGAAACAUGCACCUUUUUCUUUGUGUUCUACCCUUCUGGUUUCAGAGAAGGAGAGCUUGGGACGGAGGGUUUCUUGUGAGAUCAAAUGUUUAAAAAAAAAAAAAAAAAAAAAAAAAGUUCUUCAAAGAAAAAAACUAUGGCGUCUUGUGCCAGAACUUAAGUUAUUUCCUGAAAAGAAUUUUUUUUAGAAGUAUUGGAAUCCAAAGCAAAGAAAUAAGCAUGCAUAAAACCACAAUCUCCCUUUCACUGUCUAUAUCUAUAAAUAUAAAUAUUUAUAUAUAUAAAACUAACAUUUACUAGAGGUUUGGUUUUGGUUUUUUUUUUUUUUUUUACCUUCUCAGAUAAGAGCUUCUUGGCUGUUUUUUAGCAGGUUGGCCUCUGCCUGAGGAAACGUGCAGAGGGAGUUUGUUUGAACACAAACGUGGUUUUAAGUAUUUUGUGUUUUACGGGGCUCCGCGUGAGUGAGAUGCCCAGAGGCAGCGACUGGCAGGAGGGAGGUUUCUUGGCGCGUUCUGUGUCUGGGGCGCUCGGGGGCCCUGUUUUAGGACUUGGGUAGGAGGCGUUUUUAGAUACCGAUUUGUUGCAGGCAUCCUGCGCGGACAACACACGCGUGUACGUGAGGAGAAAGGCUUCCGCAGUAUUUUGUAUUCUUACCGAUGGGACGGAGAGGAACCGUUUGUAGUUGGUUUUACCCCACGUUUGAAGAGGCAGCACAAAGGGCUGGGACGCAGAUGACAAAGCCAUUGAUUCUUCCCAGGCUACUUCCCAGUGAUCUCUUCAGGUCAAACACUUAAUAAAGGUCUGGGGUGAGAUGCUUGGAGCAGCUACUCCAUGCUCUGCGAUAAAACCUCUCCUCAGACCAACAAAAUCAAGACAGAAAACCUCCCUUUUCUGCUGGACCAGCAGUCCAGGUAUUCAAAUGAAAAUGUAGAUAUACUAUGUAAACCUACAGCGAGAUUAUUUUUAUCAGCCAUUUUAUGUGUAGAUGCUACGGUGUGAUUUCAUGCGGAAAUAUUGCUAAAGAUUUUUAAAAAUAUAGACGUCGUGUGUGUACGCGUGCGCGUGUGUGUGUGUGUGUCUGUGCGUGUGUGUGAGUGGGGACGUUUAAUCCGGAGCCCGGACUCCGCCAGGCGCCGCGUGGCACCCGCUCCCUCCCCUCGGUGCCACGCUGCUCAGCCGCCCGCAGCCUCCACAGGAGGACGCGUUUAAAGAAGAAAUCUGCUAUUUUGUUUCUACCCAUGAAUUUUUGCUGUAAUUGGUUAUGCCAGAUAAGAUGUCACGAUACCACUGGUUUAAAAAAAAAAAAAAAAUAAAACUUAUUUUUCAGA